UGUGAAGUUGUUAUCGGUAAUGGCAGACGUCUACACAGGAAAUGGGACGUUCGUGCCAUCAAAACUAAUGAAUAUAAAAGGGAUGCGUAGAACUCAAUUGAUCGUGAGUUGGUUACAUACACUCGAAUCGUUUACAAGAGUCGGUCGUGAAUUCAGUGAGCUUCAUAAAGAGAAAUUUUCAUAACGAAUUUAAAAAUCCAAUUUCAACGCAAUUUAAUCAAUUUGAACAGUAUGGCUUUUGAGUUAAAUCAGCAAAUAUUUGCUUGGCUGUGCAUUUACCCAGCUACAAGUUCACUUUGGGUGAAACGUUUCAAUGUUUCGGUUACCGUGGUUGUGUUGAUAACUGAAUUGUUGGCCGAAAUAGCGAGUGCUCUUUUUAUCUAUGAAUUUGUUGGCAGUGACUUUGAAAAUUGCCUCUAUGCAUUGUUUCAAGUUGCUGCUUUGUUCAGUGUAAUUUACAUGUGGCUCAUCGCAUUCAUUCUUCGCGAAACGAUUUAUGACAUUUUCACGAAAUUCCAGCAAAUCUAUGAUUCGAGUAAUUAUUUUUCAGAUAUUACAGAUGAAAAUACAUCAUUAGCAGUAUAUUUGAAUGAAGCAAACGUUAAAAUUACAUGGAGUACAAAAGCUUUGGCCAUCUUCUUGCCCAGUGCAUUUCUUGUAAUAUUGACAACGAUGGGCAUUAUAAAUAUUUCGUAUUGCCUGUUGGUUUAUGGUCACAUUGUUGGGGAUCGAUUGUAUUUUCCAUACUAUUUUAUCCUACCAUGGAAUCAGCGAACGCUCUGCGGUUGGAUUGGACUGAAUUUGUUGAGUGCUGGGGCCGCUUCAUUUUAUAUGAUCAUAGAUUAUUCAAUUUUAAGCUUUUUCGUUGGCAUUUGUGAAUAUCAUCACGUUUUUCCUGAAUUCUUUGGUGUGCUAAUGAAUGAAUUGGAUCACAGAAUCAACUCGAAUGCCAAUCAAUUCAAAGACUUGUUUGUCAAAUUGAUUUACUUUCAUAAUACGGCUCGAGGAAUGUUUUCGGAAACGGCCGAUUUUUUCAGCCUUUUCAUUUUUAUUCAACUAGCCUGCAGUGUGAUUUAUUUGGCUUGCUCAAUUUUUUUAACGGAUAUCAUCAUGCAACAUUUCGAUUUGAGUAUCGGUGUUCUAUGCUCUUGCGUUUUUAUAAGCGGUUCAAAUCUAUUUCUAUACUGUUAUUACGGAGGUCGCGCAACAAUCGACAUUGUUUCAUAUUCGAAUCUAUUGUUUGAGUCAGCAUGGUUUAAAUUACCCAUUGAGUUUCAAAAGUUGGUCAUCGUUAUGAUCGCAAACGCUCAGAUUCCGAUUGAUUAUGAUGGAUUUGGAGUGGCCCGUUUAAACUUGG